AAUUGACAAAAGAGAAUCUCUUUCUAUUCCUACCCUCAUUUGUAAUGUGUGAGGGAAGUUGAAACAAAGGAGCAGAGAUAUGGAAGAUGUGAAUCGCACCCCAAGAGAAGCAAAGGAUUACUAUUCUAGAUCAAUAUGGUUGUCAGAAACUGCGCAGACAUUUGGGAAUAUCAAGAGAAGUGACAGAAAUGUUGUUAAUGGCAGAGAUUCCUACGGCUAUAACUCCCAAGAAAUAGUGACUCCUGAAGUUUCUGGAGCGUUCGAUGAAAUCAAAGGUUUAAUCAGAGUUAAUGAUGAGUGUGUUGGUGAAGAAAGCGGUGACUAUGGCCACUAUUCUAGACAAUCGUUGACAACAGAAAUUGUAGAGAUAGUUGAAGAUGGCAAGAGCAUAAGCAACAAAGAUAGAAGAGUUGAUGAUCUUUAUGUGGCUGUUGGCAAAGAUGACUUGGAUGCAGUGAAAUGGGCUCUUGAUCAUGCAGUUUCUCCCGGUUCCCGGAUUUUUCUUAUCCAUGUCUCUUCUCCAAUCACAUUGAUUCCUACACCAGUUGGUAAGUUUGAAAGAAGUAAAUUGACCCCGCAACAAGUGGGAAUAUACGUGAAUGAGGUGAACAACAAGAGGAAGGAUCUUUUGCAAAAGUACAUUCAGAUGAGUAAUGAAGCCAAGGUAACUGCAGAAACGUUGCUCCUGGAAAGCAAUGACACAGAAAAAGCAAUUCUGGACCUCAUCUCUAUUCUCAACAUAACCAACAUUGUCAUCGGAAUCAAAAAGCUACCCUACACACGGCGCAAUAACAAAUUGAGCAAAGGAGAGUUCGUAAAGAAACAUGCACCGAGUUCCUGUGAAGUUACCUUGGUUUAUAACGGCGAGGUGUUAGUGUCUGACCCUUACAUGGAUGGCUUGGUAUCCUAUGGCCUAGCAUCGCAAAAUAAAAGUCACUCGAAAAACAACUUCUUUCAGUGCAUGUGCUUUUCAGGAUGGGUGAGAGAAGACAAUGGUAGUUGCUAGCACAUUUCUCAAGCUAGCCAAAGCGAGCAGAGGGUCAACUGCUCAAGUAGUUUGAAUUUGAAUUGUCCAGCGUUGUGUGCUGAAUGAAGCAAGCUUUAGAAAUCAUGUUACAACUUUCAAUCAUGAGGAAGUAAAUGGUCCCAAAAACCAUAGACCUAAAGUAACAGUGGGAUCUUAAUGUCUUAGAGAACUCAUAUCAUAUCCAUCAUAUUAUGAAUUUUCGGGAAUAAAAGUAUUGUGAAUUCCGCUGUAGAAUGGAUAUGAGGGAAUUUCUAUUUAAAAGAUAUUAGUUACAC